AUGGCAUAUGCGAAACCAAGACCAGGCGAACCAGCAUGGGGUGAGGAAUUCUCAACCGGCAUAAUACUUGUCAUACCUGGAUCCUCAAGAGCCGUUCGCAAGCCUGUCCACCCAUGCCUCCUUCCUGUAGAACCUACAGGCACAGGCCACAUAGCCCAACCAAGCUCAAGUUCCCCUGCCAUUAGCGGUCAAUCUCUCGUGUCCAACGUCACUGUCUCGCGCAUUAUUGACAGCACCUGCAAUGUGUUCAAGAGGGAUUUCCUCAACAACUUGAUGGUGGCAGGCAACAACCUGAAGGACAUGGCACAGUGUGCAUUCAAUCAGGGAGUGGAAGUGCAUUCAUUGUCAUUGACGAUGGACUUGAUCAAUGCAUGGGUGGUUGAAAGCCAAAAAACUGAACUGAAGAAGCUCAGAGCCAUUCCAAACACCGUUCAAAGUGUAUUCAAAGAUGUAGGUCAAUCUGCAGCUGAUCUUGCUCUCCCUAUCAGUGAGCAUGGAAAAGAGUUGGUGCACCAGAAGGUUUACAUUGAUAGCCUCUGCAUCGGCUUUGCUUACCUCAACAAUCCAGACACUAAUGCAGCAUUCGGAAACCUUGCCCUCUACCACAUAAUCACCCGCGUCUUACACGAGAAGAGGUUUUCUCGGUGGAUUGACCCAACCAAGCGUGAUCUCAAAAAUAUCAUUGCAUUCUCUGGCACAAUCUUACUUUGGGCACUGCGGGAGCAUGCUGACAGCUCCAACAGCAAAUCAGAAUUUGUCAUUGAGGACAACAGGACAACAUUUGAUUCAAUUGUUGAACAUUUGGACAGCCUGUUGCCGUCGCAGAGGGUAGCUGUGGAUAAGCUUGUUGAAGACAUUUUUGCUGAGAUGCAGUAA